GCAAUUUGUCCUCCAAAGGACACACACACACACACACAAUCACACAUACUCAAACGCACAGACAGACAACAGAGCAGGACACAACUUCACAGUGCGGGACAUAAUCCAACUGUUAUCAGGUUUUGGAUUUUGAAUCCAGGGUAGUUUUUCCUUUAGGUUGCCAGGAACGACCUCACUGAUCAUGAAUCCUGAAUAUGACUACCUAUUCAAACUUCUCCUGAUUGGUGACUCUGGAGUGGGAAAGUCAUGUCUGCUGCUGCGCUUCGCGGACGACACCUAUACUGAGAGCUACAUCUCCACCAUCGGAGUCGACUUCAAGAUCCGGACCAUUGACAUGGACGGAAAGACAGUGAAACUACAAAUUUGGGACACAGCGGGUCAGGAGAGGUUUCGAACCAUCACCUCCAGCUACUACAGAGGAGCCCAUGGCAUCAUUAUAGUGUAUGAUGUCACUGAGCAGGAGUCCUUUAACAACGUGAAGCAGUGGCUGGACGAGAUCGACCGCUACGCCUGCGAGAACGUCUCCAGGCUGCUGGUGGGAAACAAGUCUGACCUCGUUAGCAAGAAAGUGGUGGACGCUGCCACUGCUCAGGACAUGGCCUCGUCUCUCAAGAUUCCCUUCCUGGAGACGAGCGCUAAGAGCUCUGAUAACGUGGAGAGAGCUUUCCUCACCAUGGCCUCUGAGAUCCACAAGCGCGUGGCCAGUGAGGGAGGGGGAAUGCAGGGUCAGUCAACAGAGGCCAAAGCCCAGAGCGCCAAGAUCAACAGCGCCCCCGUGUGGCUGGGAGGAGAAAAACAGACCCAAGAGUCCAGUAACUGCUGCUGAGCAGGAAGUCAACACUGGUGAUGUCUCUGGACUAUGUGAUUGUUGGUUAUUGAAAUACAUUUAACUUUUCAGCUCAACUACUUGAUAUUUUUAAGAGUUUUAUAAAAACAUCAGAUAAUGUAGGGUAUCACUCCUUUAACUUAUGAAGAAAGAAAAUUUAAAGUAAUAUGAAAAUGGUAAUAAUUAAAUAAUGGCUCUUCCUUUAAGUGUAUAAAGAUUUUGAACUAAAUUAUGGAUGAAUGUAUGGUGGGACUUUAUUGAUUUAUAGUGUUUAUCCAUUUUUGUUUAGUUCCAUCUUUUGUUUGUUUGUCAAUAAAAGCAGGACACAUUAUGCUGAAAAAAACAUGGUUAAAAGCUAUUAAUAUGAUGUGUAUAUGUAUAAUUAUGUGUAUAUGAUACUGUUCUGAUCUAUGUCCUCUCUGGUUAAAGUCUGGUCAUGUUGAGCUAAAAAUAGGAUUUUCAUAGUUAGAAGAGAAACUGCUUAUUUAAGAGACAUGAGGCAGUGUCUGCUGCCAGAAACACAUUUCAUUAUUGUAUUUAUUUUAUGUAAAUCUCGAAACUUCUACAAUAAAUUUGGACCAGA